AUGAAUGGGGGAGUGGAUUGGAGAUGUCCUCUCACAACCACAGGAGACUAUCAGGUCAAUGCUUUGAGGAAAAAAUUGGAUAAUUGCAUUCCCGUUAAUAUUGGAAGAUUUGAAUGGGUGAAAGAGGUCCCGAUUAAAGUAAAUACUUUUAUAUGGCGUGCAAAACAGGGUCGGAUUCCAAGUACAGAAGCCCUAGCGACAAGAGGGGUCAAUGUGAAUUCUACAACCUGUUGUCAAUGCGGUGAUGAGGAGGAAUCACCGGACCAUGUGCUGACAAACUUUUCCUCAAUUCAUGGUGUUCUUGAUUUUGCUUCAAAUUGGGGUAAUUGGCCAAAAAAAAGAAGGAGGUUGCUAGGCAUCUGUUAUGCAGUUGUUUGGAACAUUUGGAAAUCACGGAAUGAACGGGUGUUUAACAAAAAAAGGAUGCAUCCAUCUAAAGUGGAAGAUCUUAUUAUUUCUACAAUGUACUCUUGGGAGAAAUACAGGGGCAAAACUGAAGCGAUUAGAUGGUCUGAAUGGUGUUUAAACCCUUUUAUUGGGUUGUAG